AUGGAAAGCGGGAAGAACACGAGAAGAAGAUUGAGCGCGACAUCGACGGCAACAAACGACAAUGAAGCUUCAACAGAACUCUUGCCACGAGAAAGAGACCGUGAUGACACCUCCCAUGAGCCAUCCUCAAGCUCAAACUUCGGACAUCAGGAAGAUGGCAGUCUCAGAGACAGUAGUAAAUGGCUUCGACCCCUCGGUGUACUUUUCCUAGUUCUCUUACUUGCCGCGAUGGCCUUCUCCUCGUUCCCAACACUCUCUCAACUUGCAACAAAGUCUAGAGCAGCUGAUAAACCUCAAACUGCCAUUAAGGACGAGGACGCUAGCCAGCAGCAGAUGCUCGGAAUCCAGAUCCAUCCUUAUGAUCACGUGUCGAGGCCAUCAAAAACAAUCACGCACCAUUGGAACAUCACCUCAGACUACCGGUCUCCAGAUGGUAUCAAGAAGCAAGUGUUUCUCGUCAACGGACAGUUCCCAGGUCCUACGAUUGAGUGCCGUUCAGGAGACCGACUUAUCAUCCACGUGACAAACAGCCUAUCUUCGAGAGAAGGGGUCUCAAUCCAUUGGCAUGGGCUGCACAUGCGGAAUGCGAACUCGAUGGAUGGGGCUGUUGGAUUCACUCAAUGCCCCAUUGCCAGCGGGACAACUUUCACUUACGAGUUCAAUGUGGAAAAGCACCAAGCAGGAACAUUUUGGUGGCAUGCGCAUUCGCAGGUUCAGAGGGGUGAUGGGAUGUAUGGAGGGCUGGUCGUUCAUAAGCCAUCCAGAAUUGACAGUGAACUCGGAGUAUAUGGUUCUGAGAGAGAAAUUCUUCUGAUGAUUGGGGACUGGUAUCAUCGGACCUCGAGCGAUGUUCUCUCGUGGUAUAUGAGUACUCGAGGCUUUGGAAACGAGCCAGUCCCAGACUCCCUGCUUGUGAAUGGUGCUGGAAAGUUCAUCUGCUCCAUGGCAGUUCCAGCGAGGCCAGUUGAUUGUGUCGACAUCCGCGACGAAGAUGUCCUUUCCAUCCUUGGUCACGACAAAAGCACGGGGCCUAUCCGCUUGAGGGUUAUCAAUGUCGGUUCACUAGCAGGUUUCACUAUUGGGCUUUCGUCUGGAAACUUCACUCCCUUGACCGUGGACGGAGAUUUUCCUAUCGCUGGCGAACUUUCAAACUCUUUAGGGGUUCUCUAUCCUGGCGAGCGUGUUGAUAUGCUUCUCCACUCGGUUGUAUCUGCCAGUAAUGAUCUUCCUAAAUUGCAUAUCAAUCUAGAUCCCGAGAACUUCAAGUAUCCGAACCCAGCUAUGCGGCCCAACCAGUCCUUUCCUCUUGUUUCUAGCGCUCAGGUCUCUAGUGAAGAGAUCAAGAUGCACGAGAUUGAACAACGGAUGCAUUUCGAUCUGGCAACUGCAACCGCCCCCGAGACGCACGAUUAUGGAGACCAUUUAGAAGAAGUGGCAGAGCAGACAAUUCUCCUCUAUACCAAGACACAAAAGCUGGCGAAGCUGUCUAACCACCCAACGGGCUUCAUUAAUCGAACAUCUUGGGCGCCACAAACCUCCCCGCCUUUCCCCCUUCUUUCACUGCCUCGAAAUCAAUGGGAUGCAAAUCAACUCGUUCCUUGGAUUCCAUCGUCUGCCGAAUCUCCAUCUUGGGUGGAAAUCAUUGUGAAUAAUCUAGACGACGGGGCACACCCUUUCCACCUACAUGGAAAUGAUUUCUAUGUUCUUGCUUCGCACCGGUCAGAGCAUGGAUGGGGUAGCUAUUCCCCUUACGAAACUUCGGGGUCCUCUUCCAUCAAACCAGUAUUGAACUUGGUGAACCCUGUCAAGAAAGAUACGGUGAGCGUUCCCCGGAGAGGGUACGUCGUCUUGAGAUUCCGAGCCGAUAAUCCGGGAAUCUGGAUGUUCCAUUGCCAUGUUCUCUUUCACCAAGCAAGCGGGAUGGCGAUGGGCGUGUUAGUCGAUGAAAAUUAUGAGUAUUCACAGGUUGAUCCGAUGGCAAAAUUACUCUGUGGCUAA